CAGACACUAAUUCUGUUCUCACAGAAUUUGCCUAGUGUGUGCAUCUUCUCUUCUCUUCUCUUGCUUUUUGCCAGCAUGAGCUGUCAGGGAAGAGGACAAGGAAGAAGAAGGGGUCGUCGUGACCAUAGCAAGAGCCCUCCCAGGAGAGGGGGUAGUCGUGACCAUAGCGAGAGCCCUCCCAGGAGAGGGGGUCGUCGUGACCAGAGCAAGAGCCCUCCCAGGAGAGGUAGUCGUGAGAGUAGCGAGAGUCCUCCCAGGAGAGGGGGUCGUCGUGACCAGAGCAAGAGCCCUCCCAGAAGAGGGGGUCAUCGUGACCAGAGCAAGAGCCCUCCCAGGAGAGGGGAUCGUCGUGACCAGAGCAAGAGCCCUCCCAGGAGAUGGGGUUGUCGUGGCCAAAGCCCUCCCGAAAGGCCGUUUUUUCAGGGAGGAUGGCCAGGAUUGCCAUGUACAGGGCAAAUGAAAAUCGGCAUGGGAGUUUCAUUUCAAACCAGCGGAACCAUCCCAUCUGAGGUUUCAAAUCCAGUUAUCCAACCUCCCAUUCCUUAUGUUGGAACAAUAGAUGGAGGUAUAAGACCAGGAAUGCGACUGCAUGUCGAAGGGAUUGUCCCUCUUCAUGCCAAACAAUUUCAAAUAAAUUUCAAAACAGGAGAAAAAGAUGCUGAUGACGUCGCUUUUCAUUUCAACCCCCGGAUUGGUCUUUACGUCUACAUGAACAUCUUCAGAAAUGGGAGAUGGCAGAAGGAGGAAUUACGUCCCGGAAACUUUGAGAUGGGGGCACCCUUUAAAUUGCUGUUUCUCAUCCAUAAGGAUUUCUAUGAGGUCCAUCUGAAUGGAGUGCUUUUCUACAAGUUCAGUCACCGCAUUCCUUUAAACAAAGUUACUACACUUGCAAUGUCAGGAGAUGUUUUAAUAAUGUGGUUCGGAUUUGAAAAAUGGACACAGCCUUCAUUCAAAAACAGCAAACUGAUACUGAUGGGAAUCGGAAGCACAACAUUCAUCCCAUUAGAGGUUUCUGAUCUGAUCACCAAUCCAGCACUUCCAUAUGUGGCUGCAAUCCCAGGAUGGCUAAAACAAGACAUAGCUUUUGUUUUCCAAGGGAUUGCUCCUGAAGAUAAUAAUCGCUUUGAGAUAAAUUUCAAAACGGGGCCAUCUGAUGGUGAUGACAUCGCUUUUCACUACAACCCUCGCAUUGGUAGUAUUACUGCCCUGAACAGCUUCAGAAACAGAAGCUGGGAGCUGCAGAUAGACGCACCUGUUAAACCCUUCACCAGUGGAGGAGCCUUCAUAAUUCUCAUCGUCAUCAACUCUCAGGGCUAUGAGGUCUAUGUGAACGGCUUUAAACAUUGCACAUUCAAGCACCGCAUUCCUCUCGAGAAAGUUUCUACAGUUCACGUUGGUGGAAAAGUUUCCCUCCUCCUCUGUGGUUUUAUUGCUAGCUGGAGUACCACUUUAUCCUAUAAGGAACUAAAGAAAAUCACAAGCACACAGACCACAACCUCGAGUUUGACAUGCUUACCUUUCGACAUUUCAAAUCCAAUCAGUAUGCCUGAACUUCCAUAUGUUGGCAAAAUCCCAGGAGGGUUAAAACAAGACAUGGCUGUAUUCUUACAGGGGACUGUUCAUGGAGACGCAAAGAGCUUUGCAAUUAAUUUCAAAACGGGCCCAUCUGACGGUGAUGACAUCGCAUUUCACUUCAACCCUCGCUUUGGUAGUAUAACAGCCCUGAACAGCUUCAGAAACGGAAGCUGGGAGACGGAGGAAAACGCACCUGAUGAACCCUUCACCACGGGAGGAGCCUUCCAAAUUUUUAUUGCCAUCAAUUCAAAUGGCUAUGAGGUCUACGUGAACGGUUUAAAACAUUGCACCUUCAAGCACCGGAUUCCUCUCGACAAAGUUUCAGCACUUAGUGUUAAUGGAGACAUUUCCCUCCUCCUAUGCGGUUUUAUUCAGAAAUGGAUGUGUCCUUCUUUGUUCGUGAAAGAGAAGAAAUUUAUACUGAUGGGAAGUGGAAGCUCAACAUUUAUCCCAUUAGAGGUUUCUGAUCCAGUCAGCAACCCAGCACUUCCAUAUGUGGCUGCAAUCCCAGGAGCCCUAAAACAAGACAUAGCUUUCGUUUUCCAAGGGAUUGCUCCUGAAAAUAAUAAUCGCUUUGCGAUAAAUUUCAAAAUGGGGCCAUCUGAUGGUGAUGUCAUCGCUUUUCACUACAACCCUCGCAUUGGUAGUAUUACUGCCUUGAACAGCUUCAGAAACGGAAGCUGGGAGCUGCAGAUAGACGCACCUAUUAAACCCUUCACCAGAAGAGGAGCCUUCAUAAUUCUCAUCGUCAUCAACUCUCAGGGCUAUGAUGUCUAUGUGAACGGCUUUAAACAUUGCACAUUCAAGCACCGCAUUCCUCUCGAGAAAGUUUCUACAGUUCACGUUGGUGGAAAAGUUUCCCUCCUCCUCUGUGGUUUUAUUGCUAGCUGGAGUACCACUUCUUCCUAUAAGGAACUAAAGAAAAUCACAAGCACACAGACCACAACCUCGAGUUUGACAUGCUUACCUUUCAACAUUUCACAUCCAAUCAGUAUGCCUGAACUUCCAUAUGUCGGCAAAAUCCCAGGAGGGUUAAAACAAGACAUGGCUGUAUUCUUACAGGGGACUGUUCAUGGAGACGCAAAGAGCUUUGCAAUUAAUUUCAAAACGGGCCCAUCGGACGGUGAUGACAUCGCAUUUCACUUCAACCCUCGCUUUGGUAGUAUAACAGCCCUGAACAGCUUCAGAAAUGGAAGCUGGGAGACGCAGGAAAACGCACCUGAUGAACCCUUCACCACGGGAGGAGCCUUCCAAAUUUUUAUUGCCAUCAAUUCAAAUGGCUAUGAGGUCUACGUGAACGGUUUAAAACAUUGCACCUUCAAGCACCGGAUUCCUCUCGACAAAGUUUCAGCACUUAGUGUUAAUGGAGACAUUUCCCUCCUCCUAUGUGGUUUUAUUCAGAAAUGGACGUGUCCUUCUUUGUUCGUGAAAGAGAAGAAAUUUAUACUGAUGGGAAGUGGAAGCUCAACAUUUAUCCCAUUAGAGGUUUCUGAUCCAGUCAGCAACCCAGCACUUCCAUAUGUGGCUGCAAUCCCAGGAUGGCUAAAACAAGACAUAGCUUUCGUUUUCCAAGGGAUUGCUCCUGAAGAUAAUAAUCGCUUUGAGAUAAAUUUCAAAACGGGGCCAUCUGAUGGUGAUGACAUCGCAUUUCACUACAACCCUCGCAUUGGUAGUAUUACUGCCCUGAACAGCUUCAGAAACAGAAGCUGGGAGCUGCAGAUAGACGCACCUGUUAAACCCUUCACCAGUGGAGGAGCCUUCACAAUUCUCAUAGUCAUCAACUCUCAGGGCUAUGAGGUCUAUGUGAACGGCUUUAAACAUUGCACAUUCAAGCACCGCAUUCCUCUCGAGAAAGUUUCUACAGUUCACGUUGGUGGAAAAGUUUCCCUCCUCCUCUGUGGUUUUAUUGCUAGCUGGAGUACCACUUCAUCCUAUAAGGAACUAAAGAAAAUCCCAAGCACACAGACCUCGACCUCGAGUUUGACAUGCUUACCUUUCAACAUUUCAUAUCCAAUCAGUAUGCCUGAACUUCCAUAUGUCGGCAAAAUCCCAGGAGGGUUAAAACAAGACAUGGCUGUAUUCUUACAGGGGACUGUUCAUGGAGACGCAAAGAGCUUUGCAGUUAAUUUCAAAACGGGCCCAUCUGACGGUGAUGACAUCGCAUUUCACUUCAACCCUCGCUUUGGUAGUAUAACAGCCCUGAACAGCUUCAGAAACGGAACCUGGGAGACGGAGGAAAACGCACCUGAUGAACCCUUCACCACGGGAGAAGCCUUCCAAAUUUUUAUUGCCAUCAAUUCAAAUGGCUAUGAGGUCUACGUGAACGGUUUAAAACAUUGCACCUUCAAGCACCGGAUUCCUCUCGACAAAGUUUCAGCACUUAGUGUUAAUGGAGACAUUUCCCUCCUCAUAUACGGUUUAAUUCGGAAAUGGACGUGUCCUUCUUUGUUCUUGAAAGAGAAGAAAUUUAUACUGAUGGGAAGUGGAAGCUCAACAUUUAUCCCAUUAGAGGUUUCUGAUCCAGUCAGCAACCCAGCACUUCCAUAUGUGGCUGCAAUCCCAGGAUGGCUAAAACAAGACAUAGCUUUUGUUUUCCAAGGGAUUGCUCCUGAAGAUAAUAAUCGCUUUGAGAUAAAUUUCAAAACGGGGCCAUCUGAUGGUGAUGACAUCGCUUUUCACUACAACCCUCGCAUUGGUAGUAUUACUGCCCUGAACAGCUUCAGAAACAGAAGCUGGGAGCUGCAGAUAGACGCACCUAUUAAACCCUUCACCAGUGGAGGAGCCUUCACAAUUCUCAUCGUCAUCAACUCUCAGGGCUAUGAGGUCUAUGUGAACGGCUUUAAACAUUGCACAUUCAAGCACCGCAUUCCUCUCGAGAAAGUUUCUACAGUUCACGUUCGUGGAAAAGUUUCCCUCCUCCUCUGUGGUUUUAUUGCUAGCUGGAGUACCACUUCAUCCUAUAAGGAACUAAAGAAAAUCACAAGCACACAGACCACAACCUCGAGUUUGACAUGCUUACCUUUCAACAUUUCAAAUCCAAUCAGUAUGCCUGAACUUCCAUAUGUCGGCAAAAUCCCAGGAGGGUUAAAACAAGACAUGGCUGUAUUCUUACAGGGGACUGUUCAUGGAGGCGCAAAGAGCUUUGCAGUUAAUUUCAAAACGGGCCCAUCUGAUGGUGAUGACAUCGCAUUUCACUUCAACCCUCGAUUUGGUAGUAUAACAGCCCUGAACAGCUUCAGAAACGGAAGCUGGGAGACGCAGGAAAACGCACCUGAUGAACCCUUCACCACGGGAGGAGCCUUCCAAAUUUUUAUUGCCAUCAAUUCAAAUGGCUAUGAGGUCUACGUGAACGGUUUAAAACAUUGCACCUUCAAGCACCGGAUUCCUCUCGACAAAGUUUCAGCACUUAGUGUUAAUGGAGACAUUUCCCUCCUCCUAUGCGGUUUUAUUCGGAAAUGGAUGUGUCCUAAUUUGUUCGUGAAAGAGAAGAAAUUUAUACUGAUGGGAAGUGGAAGCUCAACAUUUAUCCCAUUAGAGGUUUCUGAUCCAGUCAGCAACCCAGCACUUCCAUAUGUGGCUGCAAUCCCAGGAUGGCUAAAACAAGACAGAGCUUUCGUUUUCCAAGGGAUUGCUCCUGAAGAUAAUAAUCGCUUUGAGAUAAAUUUUAAAACGGGGCCAUCUGAUGGUGAUGACAUCGCUUUUCACUACAACCCUCGCAUUGGUAGUAUUACUGCCCUGAACAGCUUCAGAAACAGAAGCUGGGAGCUGCAGAUAGACGCACCUGUUAAACCCUUCACCAGUGGAGGAGCCUUCACAAUUCUCAUCAUCAUCAACUCUCAGGGCUAUGAGGUCUAUGUGAACGGCUUUAAACAUUGCACAUUCAAGCACCGCAUUCCUCUCGAGAAAGUUUCUACAGUUCACGUUGGUGGAAAAGUUUCCCUCCUCCUCUGUGGUUUUAUUGCUAGCUGGAGUACCACUUCAUCCUAUAAGGAACUAAAGAAAAUCACAAGCACACAGACCACAACCUCGAGUUUGACAUGCUUACCUUUGAACAUUUCAAAUCCAAUCAGUAUGCCUGAACUUCCAUAUGUCGGCAAAAUCCCAGGAGGGUUAAAACAAGACAUGGCUGUAUUCUUACAGGGGACUGUUCAUGGAGGCGCAAAGAGCUUUGCAAUUAAUUUCAAAACGGGCCCAUCUGACGGUGAUGACAUCGCAUUUCACUUCAACCCUCGCUUUGGUAGUAUAACAGCCCUGAACAGCUUCAGAAAUGGAAGCUGGGAGACGCAGGAAAACGCACCUGAUGAACCCUUCACCACGGGAGGAGCCUUCCAAAUUUUUAUUGCCAUCAAUUCAAAUGGCUAUGAGGUCUACGUGAACGGUUUAAAACAUUGCACCUUCAAGCACCGGAUUCCUCUCGACAAAGUUUCAGCACUUAAUGUUAAUGGAGACAUUUCCCUCCUCCUGUACGGUUUAAUUCCGAAAUGGACGUGUCCUUCUUUGUUCGUGAAAGAGAAGAAAUUUAUACUGAUGGGAAGUGGAAGCUCAACAUUUAUCCCAUUAGAGGUUUCUGAUCCAGUCAGCAACCCAGCACUUCCAUAUGUGGCUGCAAUCCCAGGAGCCCUAAAACAAGACAUAGCUUUCAUUUUCCAAGGGAUUGCUCCUGAAGAUAAUAAUCGCUUUGAGAUAAAUUUCAAAACGGGGCCAUCUGAUGGUGAUGACAUCGCUUUUCACUACAACCCUCGCAUUGGUAGUAUUACUGCCCUGAACAGCUUCAGAAACAGAAGCUGGGAGCUGCAGAUAGACGCACCUAUUAAACCCUUCACCAGUAGAGGAGCCUUCACAAUUCUCAUCGUCAUCAACUCUCAGGGCUAUGAGGUCUAUGUGAACGGCUUUAAACAUUGCACAUUCAAGCACCGCAUUCCUCUCGAGAAAGUUUCUACAGUUCACAUUGGUGGAAAAGUUUCCCUCCUCCUCUGUGGUUUUAUUGCUAGCUGGAGUACCACUUCAUCCUAUCAGGAACUAAAGAAAAUCACAAGCACACAGACCACAACCUCGAGUUUGACAUGCUUACCUUUCAACAUUUCAAAUCCAAUCAGUAUGCCUGAACUUCCAUAUGUCGGCAAAAUCCCAGGAGGGUUAAAACAAGACAUGGCUGUAUUCUUACAGGGGACUGUUCAUGGAGGCGCAAAGAGCUUUGCAAUUAAUUUCAAAACGGGCCCAUCUGAUGGUGAUGACAUCGCAUUUCACUUCAACCCUCGCUUUGGUAGUAUAACAGCCCUGAACAGCUUCAGAAACGGAAGCUGGGAGACGCAGGAAAAUGCACCUGAUGAACCCUUCACCACGGGAGGAGCCUUCCAAAUUUUUAUUGCCAUCAAUUCAAAUGGCUAUGAGGUCUACGUGAACGGUUUAAAACAUUGCACCUUCAAGCACCGGAUUCCUCUCGACAAAGUUUCAGCACUUAGUAUUAAUGGAGACAUUUCUCUCCUCCUAUACGGUUUAAUUCGGAAAUGGACGUGUCCUUCUUUGUUUGUGAAAGAGAAGAAAUUUAUACUGAUGGGAAGUGGAAGCUCAACAUUUAUCCCAUUAGAGGUUUCUGAUCCAGUCAGUAACCCAGCACUUCCAUAUGUGGCUGCAAUCCCAGGAUGGCUAAAACAAGACAUAGCUUUCAUUUUCCAAGGGAUUGCUCCUGAAGAUAAUAAUCGCUUUGUGAUAAAUUUCAAAACGGGGCCAUCUGAUGGUGAUGACAUCGCUUUUCACUACAACCCUCGCAUUGGUAGUAUUACUGCCCUGAACAGCUUCAGAAACGGAAGCUGGGAGCUGCAGAUAGACGCACCUGUUAAACCCUUCACCAGUGGAGGAGCCUUCACAAUUCUCAUCGUCAUCAACUCUCAGGGCUAUGAGGUCUAUGUGAACGGCUUUAAACAUUGCACAUUCAAGCACCGCAUUCCUCUCGAGAAAGUUUCUACAGUUCACGUUGGUGGAAAAGUUUCCCUCCUCCUCUGUGGUUUUAUUGCUAGCUGGAGUACCACUUCAUCCUAUAAGGAACUAAAGAAAAUCACAAGCACACAGACCACGACCUCGAAUUUGACAUGCUUACCUUUCAACAUUUCACAUCCAAUCAGUAUGCCUGAACUUCCAUAUGUCGGCAAAAUCCCAGGAGGGUUAAAACAAGACAUGGCUGUAUUCUUACAGGGGACUGUUCAUGGAGAUGCAAAAAGCUUUGCAAUUAAUUUCAAAACGGGCCCAUUUGACGGUGAUGACAUCGCAUUUCACUUCAACCCUCGCUUUGGUAGUAUAACAGCCCUGAACAGCUUCAGAAAUGGAAGCUGGGAGACGGAGGAAAACGCACCUGAUGAACCCUUCACCAUGGGAGAAGCCUUCCAAAUUUUUAUUGCCAUCAAUUCAAAUGGCUAUGAGGUCUAUGUGAACGGUUUAAAACAUUGCACCUUCAAGCACCGGAUUCCUCUCGACAAAGUUUCAGCACUUAAUGUUAAUGGAGGCAUUUCCCUCCUCCUAUGCGGUUUUAUUCAGAAAUGGACGUGUCCUUCUUUGUUCGUGAAAGAGAAGAAAUUUAUACUGAUGGGAAGUGGAAGCUCAACAUUUAUCCCAUUAGAGGUUUCUGAUCCAGUCAGCAACCCAGCACUUCCAUAUGUGGCUGCAAUCCCAGGAUGGCUAAAACAAGACAUAGCUUUCGUUUUCCAAGGGAUUGCUCCUGAAGAUAAUAAUCGCUUUGCGAUAAAUUUCAAAACGGGGCCAUCUGAUGGUGAUGACAUCGCUUUUCACUACAAUCCUCGCAUUGGUAGUAUUACUGCCCUGAACAGCUUCAGAAACGGAAGCUGGGAGCUGCAGAUAGACGCACCUGUUAAACCCUUCACCAGUGGAGGAGCCUUCACAAUUCUCAUCGUCAUCAACCCUCAGGGCUAUGAGGUCUAUGUGAACGGCUUUAAACAUUGCACAUUCAAGCACCGCAUUCCUCUCGAGAAAGUUUCUACAGUUCACGUUGGUGGAAAAGUUUCCCUCCUCCUCUGUGGUUUUAUUGCUAGCUGGACUACCACUUCAUCCUAUAAGGAACUAAAGAAAAUCCCAAGCACACAGAUCACAACCUCGAGUUUGACAUGCUUACCUUUCAACAUUUCACAUCCCAUCAGUAUGCCUGAACUUCCAUAUGUCGGCAAAAUCCCAGGAGGGUUAAAACAAGACAUGGCUGUAUUCUUACAGGGGACUGUUCAUGGAGACGCAAAGAGCUUUGCAAUUAAUUUCAAAACGGGCCCAUCUGACGGUGAUGACAUCGCAUUUCACUUCAACCCUCGCUUUGGUAGUAUAACAGCCCUGAAUAGCUUCAGAAACGGAACCUGGGAGACGCAGGAAAAUGCACCUGAUGAACCCUUCACCACGGGAGGAGCCUUCCAAAUUUUUAUUGCCAUCAAUUCAAAUGGCUAUGAGGUCUACGUGAACGGUUUAAAACAUUGCACCUUCAAGCACCGGAUUCCUCUCGACAAAGUUUCAGCACUUAGUGUUAAUGGAGACAUUUCCCUCCUCCUAUGUGGUUUUAUUCGGAAAUGGAUGUGUCCUUCUUUGUUCGUGAAAGAGAAGAAAUUUAUACUGAUGGGAAGUGGAAGCUCAACAUUUAUCCCAUUAGAGGUUUCUGAUCCAGUCAGCAACCCAGCACUUCCAUAUGUGGCUGCAAUCCCAGGAUGGCUAAAACAAGACAGAGCUUUCGUUUUCCAAGGGAUUGCUCCUGAAGAUAAUAAUCGCUUUGAGAUAAAUUUCAAAACGGGGCCAUCUGAUGGUGAUGACAUCGCUUUUCACUACAACCCUCGCAUUGGUAGUAUUACUGCCCUGAACAGCUUCAGAAACAGAAGCUGGGAGCUGCAGAUAGACGCACCUGUUAAACCCUUCACCAGUGGAGGAGCCUUCAUAAUUCUCAUCGUCAUCAACUCUCAGGGCUAUGAGGUCUAUGUGAACGGCUUUAAACAUUGCACAUUCAAGCACCGCAUUCCUCUCGAGAAAGUUUCUACAGUUCACGUUGGUGGAAAAGUUUCCCUCCUCCUCUGUGGUUUUAUUGCUAGCUGGAGUACCACUUCAUCCUAUAAGGAACUAAAGAAAAUCACAAGCACACAGACCACAACCUCGAGUUUGACAUGCUUACCUUUGAACAUUUCAAAUCCAAUCAGUAUGCCUGAACUUCCAUAUGUCGGCAAAAUCCCAGGAGGGUUAAAACAAGACAUGGCUGUAUUCUUACAGGGGACUGUUCAUGGAGACGCAAAGAGCUUUGCAAUUAAUUUCAAAACGGGCCCAUCUGAUGGUGAUGACAUCGCAUUUCACUUCAACCCUCGCUUUGGUAGUAUAACAGCCCUGAACAGCUUCAGAAACGGAAGCUGGGAGACGCAGGAAAAUGCACCUGAUGAACCCUUCACCACGGGAGGAGCCUUCCAAAUUUUUAUUGCCAUCAAUUCAAAUGGCUAUGAGGUCUACGUGAACGGUUUAAAACAUUGCACCUUCAAGCACCGGAUUCCUCUCGACAAAGUUUCAGCACUUAGUGUUAAUGGAGACAUUUCCCUCCUCCUAUACGGUUUAAUUCCGAUAUGGACGUGUCCUUCUUUGUUCGUGAAAGAGAAGAAAUUUAUACUGAUGGGAAGUGGAAGCUCAACAUUUAUCCCAUUAGAGGUUUCUGAUCCAGUCAGCAACCCAGCACUUCCAUAUGUCGCUGCAAUCCCAGGAUGGCUAAAACAAGACAUAGCUUUCGUUUUCCAAGGGAUUGCUCCUGAAGAUAAUAAUCGCUUUGCGAUAAAUUUCAAAACGGGGCCAUCUGAUGGUGAUGACAUCGCUUUUCACUACAACCCUCGCAUUGGUAGUAUUACUGCCCUGAACAGCUUCAGAAACGGAAGCUGGGAGCUGCAGAUAGACGCACCUGUUAAACCCUUCACCAGUGGAGGAGCCUUCACAAUUCUCAUCGUCAUCAGCUCUCAGGGCUAUGAGGUCUAUGUGAACGGCUUUAAACAUUGCACAUUCAAGCACCGCAUUCCUCUCGAGAAAGUUUCUACAGUUCACGUUGGUGGAAAAGUUUCCCUCCUCCUCUGUGGUUUUAUUGCUAGCUGGAGUACCACUUCAUCCUAUAAGGAACUAAAGAAAAUCACAAGCACACAGACCUCGACCUCGAGUUUGACAUGCUUACCUUUCAACAUUUCACAUACAAUCAGUAUGCCUGAACUUCCAUAUGUCGGCAAAAUCCCAGGAGGGUUAAAACAAGACAUGGCUGUAUUCUUACAGGGGACUGUUCAUGGAGACGCAAAGAGCUUUGCAAUUAAUUUCAAAACGGGCCCAUCUGACGGUGAUGACAUCGCAUUUCACUUCAACCCUCGCUUUGGUAGUAUAACAGCCCUGAACAGCUUCAGAAACGGAAGCUGGGAGACGGAGGAAAACGCACCUGAUGAACCCUUCACCACGGGAGGAGCCUUCCAAAUUUUUAUUGCCAUCAAUUCAAAUGGCUAUGAGGUCUACGUGAACGGUUUAAAACAUUGCACCUUCAAGCACCGGAUUCCUCUCGACAAAGUUUCAGCACUUAAUGUUAAUGGAGACAUUUCCCUCCUCCUAUACGGUUUUAUUCAGAAAUGGACGUGUCCUUCUUUGUUCGUGAAAGAGAAGAAAUUUAUACUGAUGGGAAGUGGAAGCUUAACAUUUAUCCCAUUAGAGGUUUCUGAUCCAGUCAGCAACCCAGCACUUCCAUAUGUGGCUGCAAUCCCAGGAUGGCUAAAACAAGACAUAGCUUUCGUUUUCCAAGGGAUUGCUCCUGAAGAUAAUAAUCGCUUUUCGAUAAAUUUCAAAACGGGGCCAUCUGAUGGUGAUGACAUCGCUUUUCACUACAACCCUCGCAUUGGUAGUAUUACUGCCCUGAACAGCUUCAGAAACGGAAGCUGGGAGCUGCAGAUAGACGCACCUGUUAAACCCUUCACCAGUGGAGGAGCCUUCACUGUUCUCAUCGUCAUCAACUCUCAGGGCUAUGAGGUCUAUGUGAACGGCUUUAAACAUUGCACAUUCAAUCACCGCAUUCCUCUCGAGAAAGUUUCUACAGUUCACGUUGGUGGAAAAGUUUCCCUCCUCCUCUGUGGUUUUAUUGCUAGCUGGAGUACCACUUCAUCCUAUCAGGAACUAAAGAAAAUCCCAAGCACACAGAUCACAACCUCGAGUUUGGCAUGCUUACCUUUCAACAUUUCACAUCCAAUCAGUAUGCCUGAACUUCCAUAUGUCGGCAAAAUCCCAGGAGGGUUAAAACAAGACAUGGCUGUAUUCUUACAGGGGACUGUUCAUGGAGAUGCAAAGAGCUUUGCAAUUAAUUUCAAAACGGGCCCAUCGGACGGUGAUGACAUUGCAUUUCACUUCAACCCUCGCUUUGGUAGUAUAACAGCCCUGAACAGCUUCAGAAACGGAAGCUGGGAGACGGAGGAAAACGCACCUGAUGAACCCUUCACCACGGGAGGAGCCUUCCAAAUUUUUAUUGCCAUCAAUUCAAAUGGCUAUGAGGUCUACGUGAACGGUUUAAAACAUUGCACCUUCAAGCACCGGAUUCCUCUCGACAAAGUUUCAGCACUUAGUGUUAAUGGAGACAUUUCCCUCCUCCUAUACGGUUUUAUUCGGAAAUGGACGUGUCCUUCUUUGUUCGUGAAAGAGAAGAAAUUUAUACUGACGGGAAGUGGAAGCUCAACAUUUAUCCCAUUAGAGGUUUCUGAUCCAGUCAGCAACCCAGCACUUCCAUAUGUGGCUGCAAUCCCAGGAUGGCUAAAACAAGACAUAGCUUUCGUUUUCCAAGGGAUUGCUCCUGAAGAUAAUAAUCGCUUUUCGAUAAAUUUCAAAACGGGGCCAUCUGAUGGUGAUGACAUCGCUUUUCACUACAAUCCUCGCAUUGGUAGUAUUACUGCCCUGAACAGCUUCAGAAACGGAAGCUGGGAGCUGCAGAUAGACGCACCUGUUAAACCCUUCACCAGUGGAGGAGCCUUCAUAAUUCUCAUCGUCAUCAAUUCUCAGGGCUAUGAGGUCUAUGUGAACGGCUUUAAACAUUGCACAUUCAAGCACCGCAUUCCUCUCGAGAAAGUUUCUACAGUUCACGUUGGUGGAAAAGUUUCCCUCCUCCUCUGUGGUUUUAUUGCUAGCUGGAGUACUACUUUAUCCUAUAAGGAACUAAAGAAAAUCCCAAGCACACAGACCAUAACCUCGAGUUUGACAUCUACACCCUUAGAGAUUUCACGUCCAGUCAUUAACCCUGCACUUCCAUAUGUGGCUCAAUUUCCCAGAGAGAUGCAUCAAGACAGGGCUUUAUUCUUCCAAGGCACAGUUGAGGCAGAUGCAGAAAGCUUUGAAAUAAAUUUCAAAACGGGGCUUGCUGAUGACAUCGCUUUCCACUACAAGCCUAUAAUUGGUAAUUAUACGGCCCUGAACAGCUUCAGAAAUGGAAGCUGGGAGACGGAGGAAACUGCACCUGAUACACCCUUCACCAGGGGAAAAGCCUUCCAAAUUAUUGUAGCCAUAAAUUCUGAGGCUUAUGAGGUCUAUGUGAACAAUGUAAAGCAUUGUGUGUUCAAGCACCGCAUUCCUCUAGAGAAAGUUUCAACACUUAUCAUUCGUGGAGACGUUUCCCAACUCAUAUGUGGUUUUAUAUAUAUCCAGAAUGCUAGUUCAUUCUUUACGGAACUUCAGAAAAUAGCAACCCCAGAGAGUGUAACCACAGGUCCAGUUAUUCCACCUCCAGUUGGCAGCCAAGAAAUUGGCUAUUUGGGUGAAAUACCAGGAGGGAUUAAAGAAGACAUGGCUGUAUUGUUCAAAGGGUCUAUCCCUCCAGAUGGCAAAGGAUUUGAAAUAAAUUUCAAAACGGGGCCGGCUGAUGGUGAUGACAUCGCUUUCCACUACAAGCCUGUAAUUGGUAAAUAUACGGCCCUGAACAGCUUCAGAAACAGAAGCUGGGAGACGGAGGAAACUGCACCUGAUCCACCCUUCAGCGUUGGAGAAGAAUUCCAGAUUAUUGUAGUCAUCAAUACUGAGGAUUAUGAGGUCUAUGUGAACAGUGUAAAGCAUUGUGUGUUCAAGCACCGCAUUCCUCCAGAGAAAGUUUCAACACUUUUUGUUCUCGGAGAUGUUUCCCAAUUCACAUGUACUUUUAUACAAGGCUGGAGUACUUCUUCAUACUUUAUAGGACUUCAGAAACCCACAACAUGCAUUUUUCCUCCAAUCAUUCAACCAGCACUUCAGUAUUUGGGUGAAAUACCAGGAGGGAUUAAAGAAGACAUGGCUGUACUGUUCAAAGGGUCUAUCCCUCCAGACGGCAAAGGAUUUGAAAUAAAUUUCAAAACGGGGCCGGCUGAUGGUGAUGACAUCGCUUUCCACUACAAGCCUGUCAUUGGUAAAUAUACGGCCCUGAACAGCUUCAGAAAUGGAAGCUGGGAGACGGAGGAAACUGCACCUGAUCCACCCUUCAGCGUUGGAGAAGAAUUCCAGAUUAUUGUAGUCAUCAAUACUGAGGAUUAUGAGGUCUAUGUGAACAGUGUAAAGCAUUGUGUGUUCAAGCACCGCAUUCCUCCAGAGAAAGUUUCAACACUUGCUCUUCAUGGAGAUGUUUCCCAAUUCAUAUGUACUUUUAUACAAGGCUGGAGUACUUCUUCAUACUUUAUAGAACUUCAGAAACCCACAAUAUGCAUUUUACCUCCACUCAUUCAACCAGCACUUCAGUAUUUGGGUGAAAUACCAGGAGGGAUUAAAGAAGACAUGGCUGUACUGUUCAAAGGGUCUAUCCCUCCAGACGGCAAAGGAUUUGAAAUAAAUUUCAAAACGGGGCCGGCUGAUGGUGAUGACAUCGCUUUCCACUACAAGCCUGUAAUUGGUAAAUAUACGGCCCUGAACAGCUUCAGAAAUGGAAACUGGGAGACGGAGGAAACUGCACCUGAUCCACCCUUCAGCGUUGGAGAAGAAUUCCAGAUUAUUGUAGUCAUCAAUACUGAGGAUUAUGAGGUCUAUGUGAACAGUGUAAAGCAUUGUGUGUUCAAGCACCGCAUUCCUCCAGAGAAAGUUUCAACACUUGCUCUUCACGGAGAUGUUUCCCAAUUCAUAUGUACUUUUAUACAAGGCUGGAGUACUUCUUCAUACUUUAUAGAACUUCAGAAACCCACAGGGUGUAUAUUUUUACCACCAGUCAUUCAACCAUACUCUCUCCAGGCACUUCAGUAUUUGGGUGAAAUACCAGGAGGGAUUAAAGAAGACAUGGCUGUACUGUUCAAAGGGUCUAUCCCUCCAGAUGGCAAAGGAUUUGAAAUAAAUUUCAAAACGGGGCCGGCUGAUGGUGAUGACAUCGCUUUCCACUACAAGCCUGUAAUUGGUAAAUAUACGGCCCUGAACAGCUUCAGAAAUGGAAACUGGGAGACGGAGGAAACUGCACCUGAUCCACCCUUCAGUGGGGGAGAAGAAUUCCAGAUUAUUGUAGUCAUCAAUACUGAGGAUUAUGAGGUCUAUGUGAACAGUGUAAAGCAUUGUGUGUUCAAGCACCGCAUUCCUCCAGAGAAAGUUUCAACACUUUUUGUUCUCGGAGAUGUUUCCCAAUUCACAUGUACUUUUAUACAAGGCUGGAGUACUUCUUCAUUCUUUAUAGAACUUCAGAAUCUCACAAUACCAGGGGCUAUAUGCACUUUACCUCCAAUCAUUCAACCAGCACUUCAGUAUUUGGGUGAAAUAUCAGGAGGGAUUAAAGAAGACAUGACUGCAUUGUUCAAAGGGUGUAUCCCUCCAGAAGCAAAGGAUACGCUUUGAAGCCCCAUUGAAUGGGAAUAUAGAAAUCAUCACGUAUAUGUAUUUCUUUCUUUCUUUUCAAUUCAUAAUCUACAAGUUUGCUGCAUGGCCUGCUUGGAUACUUCUCUUAUUAGCCAAUGGAGAUGAAAACAUAACAUUUGUCUAUGCCAAAAUGCAGAAUGAAGUGAUAAGACCUCCAGAAGCUACAAAUGAACUUCUGGCCUGAUUUUUGUUGAAGGGUAGCUUGCCAGGCCAACAGUCUACAUUGGAAAGGCUUUGAUGUGUUUAAGCUUGCAUUAUGAUCCUCCAUUAGAGAGAAUCAAAGGGGGAAUUUAGGAAAGAUACGGUAUCUUUACCUGUACUUGUCGUAUAUGCUAAGGGGCACACUUUGGAUAACUGAUACUUAGUCCUGUUUUAGAUUAAAGAGUCCCUUUUUGGGUAGUAUGGUGAAAAAAGCUUCCAUAUUUGCAAGGCCUUUUUCCUUCUGGCUCACUGCUUAAUCUGUGCUGAAAUUUUAAUUUGUUAAACUGAUUUACUGCUAAAUUUCUCUGUUAAUUCUCAAUAAAAAGAAUGGGAAUCUGAAGCUUCA